UGAAGAUAUAAAAUAAACUAAGAUGAACAUUUUAGAUAAGAUUGCAAACAAUUUCAGGUUCCAUGACAAGGCAAUGAGGGCUACUGGCUACUCCAUGAAGGCAUUGGCAAACACUGAGAAGAUGAAAGGCUCUGAAAUCGCUUCCAUUAUGAACAAGUUUGGAUCGAAGGUCAGCUGGGUCAGGCAAACACUUAGAGUUGGCAGUGAAUUUGGCAUCUACAAAGGUCUUUUACAGAUUUUCAAGAAAAAGGCCACCACUAACCAACUUGAAUGGUGGACCCAACUUAUUGAAUACAUCGUUGGAGUGUAUUUUUAUGUGAUUGACCACCUCGAGUGGCUGACAACAAAUAGAAUAGUAGUCCUAAGCAAAGUUUGGAAUGAUUGGGUGGGUCUUGAGAGUACAAGAGCAUGGUUUUAUAGUACAAUCGCACAAACUCUCCAUAGGUUAGGAGGGAUCUAUAAUGCUUGGAAGGCUCUUAAACAAGCAGAUAAGAUGAAGAUGAGUAAACAAGAUAAAGAAAAGAUUCUCAAGACUAAGAGAACUCUGAUUUAUAUGCUUAUCAAAGGAUUUGUAGAUUUUGCACACAUUGCACAUUACUUAGCUCCAGAAAUAGCAGCAAGAGACAGCAUCAGUUACCUCUUUGGAGUCAUCUCAUCCUUCAUGGAUAUCUUUUUAAUCUUCAAAGGAGGCAGCUUGUAACUGUCAAAAUGGUGAACGAUUUACUGUAUUUAAAAAUCAUUAGUCAAUUUUCUCAC